AUGAGCAAUCGGAAGAAGACGCCGAGCAGGGACAAAGAGAACGCGGAGAGCGCCGACCGUUCCGUCCCUAUCGAUUAUUCGUCCGAUGCCUCGACGACGUUCUCGCUCAGUAUGUUCUGAUCGAUUUUUAUAAUUAUACACCCUGGUUUAAUUGCAGCGAACCCACAGCCGAGCGCAGAGGAUUACCAGCGUUACGAUGAGGACCGGAACCUUCGCUACAGAGCGCGAGACCUUCGAAUAGCCCAAAGACGGUCCCGGACGCCCGAAUCGGCAGAUCCUGGGCCUUCGUCGUCGUUCAGCCGCUCGCCGUCGCGUAGAGACGAAGUUUCGCCAGUUUCACGUGGAGGAAGUGGGGUGUCGGAGCAUUCGAGAGCACAUUCCUGCUCUCAGAGUCAUGGGCGAGUUUCGCACAGUCUGAGAGAUGUGCCCAACGAGCGAUUUGUGCACAAAAGUCCGCAGAACAAUCAGAGAGAAAGGGCAAGUCCCCAAAGACAGCCGACGUGUAAGUAGAAUUUCGGUUAAAAAGUUGAAUAAAUUUCCGAGUUUUGUGCUGGAAUUUCCCGAAAUUCUGUCAUUUUUUGAAGAUUUAUCUUAAAGAGUUCGAAAACCAACUAAAAGUUGAAAAGGGCACGGUUAGUGUUUUUAAUGUCUUCUUCGAUAUUUAAAGAGAAAAUAGCGAAAAAUAGCUGAAGCUAACCCCACCUCUUUUCAACUUUUGGUGAAACAUUGCUGAAUUUUAAUUCCGCCCAGUUCCAGUGGAAGAGCGAAGAGUGUACUCGAGAGACCUGAACAGCCGAAUGGAGCACAACUUCACCCGAAUGCACGAUCUCAUCCAGAACGGAUCGCCGCGUCAAGCCGCCCGUGAGCAAGUGCUCGUCGAAACGGCCGCCUCCGUUCGCUGCCCGCGCGGCGCCGAUCGUCGAGUCAUUCACUCGCGAAGUUCAUCGCAACCGCCUCCGAUCGACACGUUCAACGCGCCCGGUCCCAGCAGUUCCUAUUUGAAUCAAAGAGCGGCGACGCCCACGCAAAGCGUGGAAACAGCGCAACCUCCGGAACCGGUGCAUCGAUCGUACGUGGAUACGCUCAUUGCCGCGCAUCAAAUGCAGAUGCGCUACGCGGACGUGACGGCGGCGCAGAUCGACCGGCAGCAAGCGAAACUCGAAAGAAUGCAGGUACGUACUCGGAAGGACUCACGCGUCAUCGCCGUUUGCCAAGUUCCUUCAGAACCUUUUCGAAGCGACCAUGAACGAGGAUCCGACCGGACCGCACGAGGCACCGGAAGAGGUCCGCGCACGGGCGUUCCACCGAGGCCAGCGGGAGUGUCAGGAACAGAGAAAAAGGGAAGUGACGGCGAGCAUAAAGGACCGGUGCCGGAAAGUGAUGGAAGUGCAGAGGAACAACUACGGAGGACGCGUCUCCAGGUCGGUCCUUUAUUUCCCAAUUUUGAUAAGCGCACGUCGGGAUACUUUCCCCGAUCGCCUUCGCUUCCGCCCAUGACAACUAUGCUUCUAGACAAUCUAUUUCUUUUCAGAUAUGUCGUCGACCUCGAGAGGAACAUUGACAGCUGGUUCCCGUUGCCGUUGCCCGAGUUCGAUCAAAGAACGGCCCUCGAAUUGGCGAAACUUCUCAAAUUGCUGCUGAAAUCCGUCGAAAAAACGCUGUCGCCGUGGGAGAUUGACGAGGCAGUUCGCAGAUCGCAUAACAGACGAUCGAUCGGACGACAGAGCAACGUUAUGCGCGUUCUGCCGACCAAUUCGGAAUCGUCUUCCAGCGAGGAGCCACGCACACGUCCACAGGCGCCGACUCCUCGGAAAAGUGCGAACCAUUCGACUGUGGAGGCGGAAAAGAGCGCCCGUCGGGAUUCAUUCUCCGAUCCCCUUCGCUUCACGAGUCCCUACAUCGAACGGCUCGACUUGAGCUCUCUCCGCGGCGAAGAAAGCCCCCGACGGCCUUCUUCUUCCUCUUCUUCUUCCUCCCCACCGACCAACGAUCUGUACCGUGUUCGUUCGGCGAGUCAGGCUUCGGCCCCGCCCCCGGCCCGCCCGAUUUCACUGAGAAGAGCCGCUUCGAUGGAGGCCCGGGCCCAUCUUCCGCCACCGCCUGCUUCAUUUUUCCAAUAUAUACAUGCGGCUCGUGCUCGACAUGCUUCUCAGCCGCCUAGGGGAGCGGCUCCGGCUCCACAGCAACAAGAACACAUAUCGGAUCUGAACAACAUGCUCGACAGCAUCUCGCUCCACGACCGAAGCCUCGACAGCAUCGGUCCGCCACAAGUGGAACUCCGGCAGGGACCGCUGCCGUUCACUCAUUUCCCGCCAGCCGACGCGCAAACUCAGCGAUCCGAAAGAGAGUCGUUCCACGAGGACUCGGCGAGAAGAUUCUCGAACGGAGCGUCUCAUAUCCUAGCGGAAUGGAUUCGAAUGACGGAGCUGAAGAAGAAGGAAGAAGAAGAGGCGGAAGGACCGUCUGAUCGACCAGUGACCCCAGGCAGAGACCAAACUUCUUCCGAGUUUGAGGCCGCUUUGAGUGCUCCUCUUCCUCCGACUCCGGCGGUCUCGCGCGAAGCUCCGAAACUUCAAAAAGUUGCUUCUGAAGAAUCUUCAUCGACUCCAGAAGCUCCGAAACUCUCGGACGAAUCGUCACCAUCCUCGUCUUCAACGCUUUCGUCCACUUCCCCGGAAGUUCCGAAGCCUUCUUCGUCUCCUCCUCCGGUUCCGAAGAAGCCUGAUGUUUUGCCGUCCACACCGAAAAUUCCUUCUUCAUCUUCAUCGAACGUCCCGAAGCGUCCUGACACUUCUGCUCCGCCCAAGAUCCCGAAGCUAGCAGAUCAGUCAUCUUCAUCGAACGUCCCGAAACGGCCUGGCACUUCGGCGGUGGCUCCUUCUGCUCAACCUAAAAUCCCGAAGCUAGCAGAUGAAUCAGCGGUCCCACCUUCGACUCCACCAUUGAAAACCCAAAAACGAUCGGACGCAUCGCCGCCUUUGGAGCAAAUCGCGGAGCAACCGGACGAGGAGGCCUCCUCCUCAUCCUCCACGUCUUCGUUACCGUCGCCGCUCCGAAAAGCGCAUUAUCCGAGUCCGCGCGUGCCACGUAUCACACUCACCGGACCGACCUCAUCUUCGUCGUCGCCGUCGCCUCCGGAUUCCGAUGAGACUCCCGAUUGGAAUCUCGACUCGCCGACGGAAAUGGCAAAGAAAGACUAUAGUGCGAUGAAGUUCGAGGAGGAGGAGGAUCUGGAUGCGACACUGUUCGAGCACGAGAAGGAAGAGAAGACGCCGACGCCGCCGGUGAAUGAGGAAGAAGACGAGGGCGACGAGCACGCACAGUUCCGAAAUCGGGACGAGUUCGAGGACAGCACACUGGAAGAGGAGGAUAUUUCGGCGCCGGCCGAGAAAGAGCCGGAAGUGCCACGUGCCGCCGCGUUCGCCGAUGUUUCGUUUAACGACAGCGCCAACGACUCGUCGUUCCUGCUCAACGACCGUCCGAUGCCACGUUUAAAGUCGAUCAUGGACUCGGAUUCGCCGUCUUCGGCGGCGCCACCACGACCUCCCCCACCGGCGCCCGCGGAUAGCCUUCGAGCGGACACCCCGCGUGCACCACCAUCGGCACAACCAGCGAACGUUGUGGAAGAGGUGCUGAACAACACGACGAUGGGCGAAACGAUACUCGAGGAGUGGUGUCAGGGACAGUAUAUUGAGGAGUUAGUGAGUGGAGGGCGGGCCAAAAAAGGGAUGGGCCGAACCGGGGAUUGAACCCGGGACCUCUCGCACCCAAAGCGAGAAUCAUACCACUAGACCAUUCGGCCGACGGAAACAUGCGGUCGCUGCUUCGUAGAUACGCACGGUACGCGCGCACUUCUCGCGGUCGGGCUGUGUAAACAAGUUCCGAGGAGAAGGCAUUUCCGCGCAAAAUCCGCGACCGGAUGGUCUAGUGGUAUGAUUCUUUUUUCACGGUAUUUAGAGCUUACAAUAGGACGUGUCUGGAGCACUUUUAACCCGACUUUUGUGGUCAAAAGCAAUAAAAAUGAUACUUUGACGUGAAAACACGAAAUUUGCUUUUAAAAUUUGAAUUUCGCCCCAAAAUGUCGCUUGUGCCUAUUGUAAGCUCUGGAAAUCGUGUUUUAGAAAAAACUGUUUGAUAAAUGCUCAGGAUGACGUAUUUCAGGCGCCCACAAUGAUUCGCCAAGCGCUCGAGAAUCAGUCGGCCCUGCGCGGAGCCGAUUGGAUCCGAGCCCAGCAAAUCUGGCAGCCGCCCUCGUUCUACUCGAUGAACAUAUCCGGCUACGACCAUUUCGACAUCUUCGACUCGUUCUCCAUUUUGAUUUGGGGCGCCGUCGUCGAUUUGCUCAACCGAAAGUAUCUGAAGUUCGGACGGCCGCUCACGGCGGACGAGGAGAAACGAUUCGCGGCGGACGUCAUCCAGAUGCUAAAAUACGAGUACGGAACAGAGACGAAGCAUUUGGAGUGGAGCGAGCAGAUCAAACUCAACAAACGGCUCGAGGGAAUCAAUCCUCUCGCGCUGGACUAUCGAUUCGAGAAUCGGCGGAACAUGCUCAAGGAGGAGCAGCAGGAGUAUCAGUGGCAGCAGAUAAAGAUGAAGGUUAUUUCGGAGCGAUAUCAGCUCAAGAAGCUCGUAAGUUGCGGAAUGGGCGUAAACGCUGAGAAUUCGACAAUAUGCUAGUUUUAUCGGUUUUUUUUUUCAGGAGGAUGAGCUGAACGUGGUGUACGCGGAAGAGUCGGAAAAGGUCUCGAACGACACGAUGAGUCCGCAGCGAGACGAAGUUGGAACUUCGGAUGUUUGA